UUAUACAUUAUUAUUAAAAUAAAACCUAAUAUCUAGUAAAAUGUAAAUUUAGAGAAGAACCACGAUGAAAAUCGAAACAAUGAAUAAUUAUCGUAAUUGAAAGGGAUUAAUGAGAAAUUGACGAAGAUAAAAUGAGUAGCCGCGUAGUAAAUUACAGAAGUUCAAUGGCAUUUAUCAACAGCUAGGAGUCGUCCCUUUAUCAUUCCUGUGCUAUUUGAAGCUUAAUAAACGUAUUAUUUCGCACACGGGACGCAGAUAUCUCCACGUCGUGGCACAGCUAACAAUUCACAUCGCUCGAUUUUGAGAAACCAAUAAAUAUGCGUAAACACUGAUAAGAUAGUAAGAGAUAUUCUUUUUCGAGAUAAAUACGUCGACAUUAUCAACAUUAUAUGGAUUAAAUGCAAUUCAAAACACGUAAUCGUAAUCACGUAAGUCGCAUUACACGAUUUAUUGCCGCGUAAUAUACUUUUGUUCUGCGCAUGUCUCGUAAUUACGUAAUUACGUAAUCAAUGAGAACGAGAAACUUGCAGUGUCAUAAUACUAAAGAUCAAGAGAAAAACAUAGCUCAAACAGGAGAUAUUAGUGUAACAAAUGACAGACAGUUAUUAAUAGAAAGAUCGACGACGACGGAUUGACGACAGCGAGAAGUUACAACGUAACACUUAAGGCCCAUUUUUCAAUAGUAAUUCAAACUUAGAUUUAAGUUUAAACUACUAGUGAAAAAAUCGGCUUUUAUAGUAACUUAUAUCGCAAUGAUAAGCUAAUUGCUUUGUUGAUUAUAUUGUGAAAAGCUGACUAACUCCAAAUUCAUCAAUCGUUCUGUAACGUGCAGAUAUGUGGAAAAUGGUAGGUUACGAUAUCUUCAUGUGUGUACUUGCUAUGUGUAAGAAUGUAAAUAUUUAACAAUGCUCGUAUAUGAUUAUGCUUAUCGGUUCCUUUUUGACUAUGCAAUAUAGCGCAAUAUACGUAUAAUGAUUACCGUUACUUUUUCUUACACAAGAGACGCGAUAUUACUUUACUCGGUAGGUCGAAAUAAAAAAAGGAUCGACAAAGUGUGCGCAUGAUAAUAUCAUGCAUAUUUAUUGGUUUCUCAGAAUCGAGCGAUGUGAAAUAUUAGCUACGCCACGACGUGGAGAUAAUUGCAUCCUGUGUGCGAAAUAAUACGUUUAUUAAGUUUCAAAUGGCAUAGGAGUGAUAAAGUGAUAAAACAUGUGGAAACAAUUGUGAUGUGAUUGAAAUAUCGCCCCUUCGUGUACGAGCGUCGAACCAGUAGCGUGAUUCAUCGAAAUGAAGCUCGAGGCUCUUCCACUUAACGAUCGCGAUUCCGUCGUGGGAGAAAUUACACGCGAACGUACGCGAGCGGCCCGCAAAAUGUCAACAGACGACGGUGGAACAUGCUGCAAUUCGCGGCAAAACGGUGUGGUUCAGCCACUACUUACAGAUUUGUAUCAAAUUACGAUGGCUUACGCCUAUUGGAAGAGUGGCAAGGUGGACGACCAUGCCGUAUUUGAGUUGUUCUUCCGCAAAAAUCCUUUUCAGGGAGAGUUUACGAUUUUUGCCGGUCUCGAAGAAUGCAUAAAGUUCUUGAAAAAAUUCCAUUAUUCCUGCAGUGAUAUCAAGUACUUAAAGUCGACUAUGCCUACGGUAGACCAAAGUUUCUUCGAUUAUCUACAGAGCCUCACCGCAAAAGACGUCACGUUAUACGCCAUAGAAGAAGGAUCUGUUGUGUUUCCAAGAAUUCCUCUAAUAAGAGUUGAAGGACCAUUGAUAAUGGUACAACUGUUGGAGACAACUUUAUUAACAUUAGUGAACUAUGCAAGUUUAAUGGCGACUAAUGCAGCAAGGUAUCGCAUGGCUGCUGGGAAACAUAUAACAUUACUAGAAUUUGGACUUCGACGAGCGCAAGGACCCGACGGGGGAUUGAGCGCGUCUAAGUACAGCUAUAUUGGCGGAUUCGACGGUACUAGCAAUGUUCUGGCUGGGAAGCUUUUCAAUAUACCCGUUUGCGGUACACACGCACAUGCAUACAUCACGUCUUUCACCAGCAUUGACGACUUGCAAGGAAAAACGUUGGCGCACAAACAAACAGGAGAUGUUUUAAAUCUACUGGAGCUUGCCUGCAAAUAUCGUGAGGAUAUCGCCGACGAUUUAGGAGCUUUAGCUUCACAAGCAUCUGGCGGUGAAUUUGCGGCCCUCAUCAGUUACGCCGUUGCUUUCCCGGAAAGAUUCGCCGCUCUUGUGGACACAUACGAUGUCAAAAGCAUUGAGACGUCGGCCAAGGGGCAGGCACAAGUGGCCAGCCUAAAUGUAAAGAAUAAACUUCUAACUAACGGGUCCAAUACACAUGCCCAAAAUGGCGUGAGAAACAACCCAUUUAAAUCAGAAUCGACUUCGCAACACAAGAACGGCUUUUUAAGACGAGGCGAAUUGGGCGAGCUCUAUGUGAGGAGCGGUCUCUUGAACUUCUGUGCAGUAGCGUUGGCUUUAAACGACUUAGGAUACAAAGCCGUUGGGAUCAGGAUCGACAGCGGAGACCUGGCCUAUCUCAGUAACAUUGCAAGAGAUAUCUUUGAAAAGAUUGCCGUUAAGUACAACAUACCAUGGUUCGCGAAGAUGACAAUUUGCGCAUCGAACGAUAUCAACGAAGAUACCAUAAUAAGCUUGAACGAACAGAAUCACAAAAUCGAUUGCUUUGGAAUUGGUACACAUCUUGUAACGUGUCAGAGACAGCCGGCUUUGGGUUGCGUCUACAAAAUGGUGGAAAUCAACGGUGAACCAAGGAUUAAGCUCAGUCAAGAAGUUGGAAAAGUCACAAUACCGGGCAGCAAGGUUGCUUACAGAUUAUAUGGAACUGAUGGUUACGCAUUGAUAGAUCUCUUGCAGAAGACAUCUGAAGAAGAGCCGCAAGUUAUGCAGAAAAUUCUCUGCAGACAUCCAUUCCAACAAACGAAGAGAGCUAACGUUACGCCUUCCCGAGUGGAAUCUUUACAUAAGGUAUACUGGAAAGACGGCAAGUUAUGUCAGCCACUACCUACAUUGCAAGAGAUUCGCAAUAGAGUACAAGAAUCUCUUAAUACGCUGCGUAAUGAUCACAAAAGAAAUCUAAAUCCAACGCCGUAUAAGGUGGCUGUCAGUGAUGCCUUAUACAAGUUUAUAGACGAAUUAUGGUCUCAAAAUGCGCCAAUUGGAGAAUUACGGUGAAGCAUACUACUCUUAUACAGGAUUAUCGUUAAGUCAACCUCUAAUAAUUAUGAAUAUAGAGUAACAAUAGAAUCGGGAUUUACAGAUAGAAAGCGUGAUGAGUUUUCUUUUAAAACUGACGAUAAUGCACCUUUAUGUAUGAUCAUACGUAUGUACAUAUCGAUAUAAUGCACAGGAUAUAUCAAGCAUAUAACGAACGAGGAUUAUGUGAGAACAUAUUUUUUACACUUUUCAUUGUUAAAAAUGUCAAAUUGUUCGUCGGCAGCACAUCGUUGUCGCGAUCUAUUUUGAUAAAGUUGUGCGUAAAACACAGUGAAAUGUAUUUUACAUAGUUUUACACAAUUUAUAUAGAAUGAAAUUGUUUCUCCGAUUUAUAUCAAGAUUACAUAGGCUGAUAUCAACGUUAAAAUCUAUUUGCAAGUUGUAGCUUCGUCGCAUGUACUUACUCCUCUUUUCUAAAAAAA